AUGAAACGCUCAUCACCCGUUCUGGUGUCUCUCGCAGCACUAACAACAAGCCAUAUUAUCCCUCGUCAAGAGACCAUCGACUACAAUGCAGCUCCGCCAAAUCUCUCCACUCUAGCCAAUUCGACUCUCUUCGACACAUGGCGGCCAAAAGCACAUGUUCUUCCAGCAUUUGGACAAAUCGGAGAUCCAUGUAUGCACUAUACCGACCCCGAAACCGGUCUCUUUCACGUUGGAUACCUACAUCUGGGUGCAUCAGGCGCUACUACGGACGACUUGGUUACUUACAGCGAUGUAAACCCCAACUCCGAGCCGUUCAUUCGUGCAGGUGGUAUCAAUGACCCUGUCGCUGUCUUUGACGGUAGUGUAAUUGAAAGAGGAGUCAAUGGCACACCAACUUUGUUGUACACCAGCGUCAGCUACCUACCUAUCCAAUGGACGGUCCGGUAUACUAAAGGAAGCGAGACACAAUCGCUCGCCUUCGCUCAAGACGGUGGAAGCAACUUCACAAAAGCAGAGUUUGGUCCAGUCAUCCCUAGCCCCCCAUUUGCUGUCAAUGUCACGGGGUUCCGCGAUCCAUUCGUGUUCCAGAACUCACAAGUUGAUGGUUUGUUGAACAAGCGGAAUGGAACUUGGUAUACAGUCAUCUCCGGCGGCGUACAUGGCAAAGGCCCAAGCCUCUUUUUGUACGCUCAAUAUGACGAUGAAGAUGCGGAUCUGUUCCAGACCUGGGAGUACUUGGGCGAAUGGUGGCAUGAAGCGGCAAACUCGACAUGGUCAGAUGAGGGUUGGGCUGGACGCUGGGGCUUCAACUUCGAGGUCGCCAACUACUUUGCCCUGGACGAGCAAGGUGCUAACGAAGAAGGCGAAAUCUUCGCCACAAUCGGUGCAGAAUGGAGCUACGAGCCUAUUGUACCCCAAGUCUCAGACAACAGAGAGAUGCUUUGGGUCGCCGGAAAGCAAGAAGUCGUUGACGGUCAACUGAAGUUCGAGCCUACGAUGUCUGGACGACUCGAUGCCGGGCGCUCGGCUUACGCAGCGGCGGGCAAAGUUUUACCUGCGAAUUCACAAGCUAGCCGAGCAAGUGGCGCACCCGACCGUUUCAUCACAUACCUCUGGUUAACAGGCGACUUCUACGGAACCUUGACCGACGAAUUCCCAACUCCACAGCAAAACUGGACAGGAUCGCUGCUCCUGCCGCGUGAACUAAGCGUUGGCCACCUCAAUGUCGUUGACAACAAACUCUCCCGGGAGAAGGGCGCAUGGAGGGUAGACCAGGAACACGACAACGGAACAGUCACCCUAGCAACUCUCCACCAAAAGAUCGCCCGAGAGCCAUAUGCCGCAUUUCAAGACAAUGCCACCAACGUCAUAACGCAAACUGGUGGACCCAUGGUGAACGUGACGAAAUUCAACGAAAGCCCAAAGUCAAAGCACUACAUGCUCAAAGCCUCCAUCACCUUCCCCUCGCGCUCCGACUUCCUACGAGCGGGCUUCACUAUCCUUUCCGGUUCUCAGGAAUCCACCAACAUUUUUUAUCAGUUCGGUAAUGAGAGCCUCAUCAUCGAUCGUUCAAACUCUUCUGCUGCAGCGCAGACUACGGAUGGUUUCCUCACUGAGACCGAGACGGGCAAGUUCCGCUUGUUCGAUGUUGCAGACGGAUAUGGAAAUGAGACCAAGGUUGAGACUUUGGAACUGACAAUCGUGGUAGACGGCGGUGUUGUUGAGGUGCACGCGAAUGACCGAUUCGCGAUAAGUACUUGGGUGAGGAGCUGGUAUGAGGAUAGCAGAGACAUCAAUUUUUAUGUCGAGGGUGGCGGUGCUACGUUUAGCGAUGUGACGAUUUACGAGGGCCUGGUUGAUGCUUGGCCGGAGCGGAACUAG